AUGAGAAGAGGGAUCUCCUCGGCUCCGGACAAAGUGAUUUUAGCGGGGGUUGGGGGCUCUCAUUUGGACAAUAAUAUAAUUUUAACAACUCUCACGGAUCGUUUAAACCCCAGUCAAGCCAACGCUACCUAUAUCCAAAUAAUAACCACCCCACCGCCUUGCAACGUUACACAGACAUCAAAUGUGUGUUUAUUGGAUCCUUCGAUAAACAACAUUUACACAACUCCACAACAAGCUGCAGCAAACGGAGCAGGACAACGACCCGCUCUGGGGAGACCGCCGGCAAAAAGGCGGUUGGCGCUCGAUGAUUCAGACCACCAGUACCAGUCAGAACCAACCAGGACUCCUAGAGCCCGAGGGGGCUCCGCGGUGGCCAAUGGGCCACGGCUAAAAACACCCAGAACCCCAAAGUCUCCACCAGAGAAGACUCGGUACGACACCUCUCUGGGCCUGUUGACAAAGAAGUUUGUGGACCUUCUUGCCCAGUCUUCUGAUGGCGUCUUGGACCUCAACCUCGCCGCUGAAACUUUACAGGUACAGAAGAGGCGGCUGUAUGAUAUCACCAAUGUACUAGAAGGCAUUCACCUCAUCAAGAAGAAAUCAAAGAACAACAUUCAGUGGAUGGGGUGUAGUCUGUUGGAGGUAGAGGGGUCUCUGAGCCAGAGACAGAUCCUAACGUCAGAAGUUUCUGCGCUGGCAGAAGAAGAGCAGAGACUCGAGCAACUCAUCCAGAGAUGUAGCAUGGAUAUGAGACACAUGAGCGACUUGCAAAGCAACCAGAAAUAUGCCUAUGUAACAUACCAAGACAUCAAACAGCUUGGAAACCUCAGAGACCAGACUGUUAUUGUCGUCAAAGCGCCCACAGACACCAAACUAGAAGUACCAGACCCUGAUGAGAGUUUGUCCAUCCACCUGACCAGCACUAAGGGUCCCAUAGACGUCCUUCUGUGUCCAGAUGAGGAAAAUGACCCUAAGAGUCCUGUAAAAAACGGCAGCACGGACAUCAAUGGGAACUCGCCUUUCCUCAAAGUCCUUCAAGGUCCAACCUGCACGACCACUUCUUCAAUCGACUCCCUAGCUCCACCUUCUUCUUCUUCCUCGGCAGUGUCCGUCACCACUCUGUCCCCCAUCUCGUCCCCUUACACCAGUCUUCUCCAGCAGACAGAAGACCAGAUUCCAGCGUCCCUGGGGCCUUUCUUAAACCUCGGGCCUCCUCUUCUGGACCAGGACGACUACCUUUUAGGUUUGGGAGAUGACCAGGGAAUCAGCGACUUGUUUGACGCAUGUGACUUUGAUAAAAUGCCCUCUCUUGGCCUGGAUGAUCUUCUGUGCAGCUAGCAUUAGCUCAUAAAUUCAGAUUACAUUCAUGGAAGUGUGAUAUAGGAUCAGUGAGGGUUUGGAUGCCUCUGACUGACUGUGUAGUUAGUGAAACCCAUUCUUAAUAGAUGGAAAGGAAUCAUUGAAGCCUUUUUUCCAUCCCAGUGGGGCAAAAUGCCAUCUUCUGUCAUGGUGUAACGAAUAAAGGGCCUUGCAUGAUUUCACACAAAGACACAACUGGUCAGAGUUAAGACCUAUCCCUACUCUUUCUCAGCCUCUGUAAGGCCUCCUGUAGAUGGGUGUUGGGGUCAAUCUGAAAGUUUGUCUGUUUUUAUGUAUAAAUAAGGAUAGGAAGGAUAUCCACAACUCUGUAUGACGUUAUGUCCAUGUGAUAUCACUGUACAGAGACGAACAAAGACAGGGCAGAUCUGAAGGUAAAUCCCCCACACCACCUGACAUUAACACAAAUAUUUCGACCGUGCUCAGGAGUAAUGCAGAUACAAAUGUGUUUACUGUUUUAAAUCUUGAAGGAUCCUGCAAUAAUGAGGAUUUAACAAGCCUGUAAAAUGUUGUUUUGGCAAAAAAGAAAAAGACUGGGUUGAUCUGUGCAUUCCCAGUGAUGCAUUUUAUUGUCAGGUGUCAAAAUUCAUCCGGAUGUGUUAAUGCCAUGUGCUGCUGGGCCUAAUGCUUGCAUUCUAUUACACCAAGGCUCUGUGAUUGAAAGCUCAUGCUUCUGACUCUAAAGUAGGCAUUUUGUGUGUUCAAAUGUAAAACAUUUUAGAAAGGAAAAAUAAAACAACUAUUUUGAUACACGCCUUUCAGAACUACAGUUGUUAUCAUACGGUUAGGCAGGCUGAGCUUUUGGUCACCUGUCUUGUCUGUGUUCCUGCUCAGAAACGUGUCAUUGUGCUAUUUGGCCUUAAAGAGGAUACAGGGAUUAUUAUAAUAUCAUAUUCAAAAACGAGUUGGUAGUACAACGUAUUAAGGGACCUUUGUUCUGUUCACCUGGUCUGCCUAUUAUGUACUGAUCAAGUGGUUAACCUCACUUUGUGAUGUUUAACGUUAUGACCCCCGUGCUCACAGCACACACUAAAGCCAUCAUAUCUGGGUGAUAUGGGGUCAAACCGAAACACUUGAUGUACUUGUGCAAGUGUGGCCCAUUAGUACACAUGAUAUGCAAACUUGAAUAUCAUCUCUUACUCGUUCUCUUGCUGAUGCUUUGGGAAAUCAGGACCCAAACAUCCAUUAUCUUGCUGCUGUUGCUUUUGCCUACCCACCUCAUCUUCAUCAGCAGAAGCUGCCAUACCACAACUUACCCUAAUGCCCCCUCACUUAGACUGUGCUGUAAAAUUAUACUGUGGUUUGAGCUAAUCUGUACAAUUCUACUUUAAACCACUUAUUGAUGCAGCCUGCCUACUUGGUGUGUACUGAAAGCAGUGCAGGACACAGGAUAAGUGUGCAUUCGUCUUUUUAGGUUAAAUAAUUGUUGAAUUUGAUUAGAUUUUAAUAUUCUUGAAAUAACUAAUAUGAAUGUCGCCUAGACAACAAUGUGAUGAAGGGCUUUUCCCCUCCAUAACCAGGAUAUAACGACAUUAAGGAAAGGAGAAAAAAGGACAAAUAUAUCCUAUUUGGUACAUUUAGCAAAUUCGGUGCAGCAAGCCGUGUUCCAUAUCAGGCUUGGGAAUAAUUUUGUCUAAGGCCACUGAGUCUGAACAGAAGUGAAUCAAGAAAAGCCAUAUGGAGGUCUUGGUGAACUAAGAGCUGUCCAGAUGUGUUUUUACUUUGCCGUUUGUAAUGGCAUUACUGGUGACUUCUAAUAGUUUCUUGUCUUUAAUCCCUGAUAGUAUCUAAACACAGACAUGUUGUCUAACACCCUGGCCUCUAACCCAGAGAAACCUGCGGCCGCAGGUAAUAUUGCUGCUGUUAAGUGUAAACUUUUCCUGACCCGAUAGAUGUGCCCUUGAGAACUUGCGUGUGCAGCAUGUGUGAGUUAUGUCAAAGAUCAAGCUUGCUAGAGUAAGCCUGCCAUGUGUAAAUUGAUGUACAGUUUUCUAAAUGUUUCAGUGCACAAGGUACUGUGGGCUACCUCUCACUUAAUGUUGUACAAUAGUAAUAGGGCAUAGAGGUAUGCCAUAGUGUGUAUGAGUCUUUGAAUUCCCUUGGGUCAUAGAAAUUACCCUUGUAUAAUUUAGAUGUGAUGUGGAAUCACAUUUUUGUCUUUGUGUGCAAGAUUUUACUCAAACCCUGAUUAUAUUGAGUAUGCCUUAGCUCAUUAACCAGUCUCAUGCUGUCAAAAUCUAAAUUUGAAUAACUUGGUGUGCAUUUGAUUGGUAGAAGUGGACAAAUUGCAGUAUUGCAAUAUUUCAUUUUUUUUUUUUUCCCAUAAGUUAUUUAGUUUAUUUUUUUUUCUGUUUGUAAAAUCCAGAGCAUCCCUAAAAGUAGUACACAUUCAGUAAUGCAUACAUGCCGUCAUUCUUUCACGGUUGGCCUAUCUGCCCUUUACUGGCCUUUAGGAUGGCAAUGGCUUCAUACUGUUCAUCACUGAACCAGGAUCAGUGACUUGUGUCCUCUGCUCAAGUGUCAGGGGUUUUUUGCUUCUGUGACACCGUGUGUCCGUUUUAUUUUUGGAAUGAUGUGAGGGAGUCUGUCCCCUUUUUUUGUGCUAAUUUUGUUUUCAUGGAAGUUAUCGAAGCCUGUUGAAACAGCUUUUUGACUUUGUAAAAAUCAAAACCCAAUUCUUAACCUGAACUUCACCCAUUCAGUUGGAGAAAAUACAGUUUCUUAGUAAGCAUAAUUUUGAUUAAAUAUUGCUGCUACUAUAAGUGAAUGUAAAGUUUGACUUAAAUGCACAUCCAUGCUCUGAUUGACAGAACGGUUUCCCUAUAGGCAUAUUUAUAUCAGUGCAUUUUUAUAAGUGUUUAAAUCAAGCUCAAUAUUUUUCCCCAUUUGGUUCACUGACCGCUGUUGUACUAUUUUCGAUGACAUUUACUUGGGUAAUUAUGUUUUUCCUCCAUGUAUUUCAAGCGACCAGAAUCUGGUCCCAAUGUUUUAUCCACUUUUACAUGAUGGAAACAUGAUUUCUACCUUUCAAUGGCUUUCUAAUGGAAUGUUAAAGAUUUUAUUGCACCGCUUAAGCUAAUGUCAUUGCCAGUUAGUCUGAAAAAUGUGUUAUGGGUAACUUACAAUGACAGCUUCUUAAUUUCUAAUGUGUGAUUCUGAUGUGUGAUUUGACCUUACUGAAAAUUAUCAUUUGGCUUAAUGUGGUGUUAGCUGUAGUGAGGAUUGAUACAGCACUGUUCCUGCUAUUUUCCUAGGGUUAUUCUUAGGCUGUUACCAAAAACAAUAUACUUAUGGAUAAAUAUUCUGUAAAGGUUAUGUGAAAAGUUAACUAUUUUAUAGGAAAAAAAUUACUAGAAUUAUGAUAUUGCUGCCUGUUUCCACUAAUUACAGAAAAAAGCUGUAAUAUCACAACACAAUUUGAAUGCAUGGGUGAGUAUCGUGUGCUGUUGAAUGUUUAAGGUAAACAGAUUUGCUGUUUUUUAUGUAUGUUAUUCAGUUAUACAAGUUUUGUUAACAUCUGAUAAAUGAGAAAGUUGAGUUGUAUUAGUUUGGUUUGGGGGAGGAAUACAUGGAAUUGUUUUUUGUACUCUGGGUGUUUGUAAUUGAACAUUUGAAUAAAGGCAAUAUGAACAUUCAA